UGAAUUUAUAAUUGUAUUCGUGAGAUCAAUGCGUUUUAAUUUAAAAAAUUGUACAGUUAACCAGAAAUAGCGAUAUGCUUAAAGGUUAAAAACAUGACUGGUUGCAAACUUUUAGAAAGACAUUUUGCGUAUAUUUUAUUUGAUUUAAUACUAUUUAAAUAUACGUUUGCUGGAGAAGUAUGUACGUAUACCUAUAUGGACAGCAACAGAGAAAGGUUUGCCCACCACUAUUGCACCACAGGCUGCUGUGGGAGUUAUGGAGGUUUCGUUUGUUGUGUAAAGGAUACAUACUACAAGUAUUUCCGAGAUGAAAGACGACAACCAGCUGACAAAAGUUUAAGCAUAGAAGCUAUAGCUGCCAUAGUGACGGGAAGUAUUGUUGGUUUAUUAGUUUUCAUUGGAAUUGGAGUGGUACUCUAUAUAGACUACACAAGAAGAAUAAUAUGGUUCAAACCUGAAGCAUCACCAGUGGAAAAAGAUACAAAGUCUACAAAGGAGCCAUUGAUGGUUGAUGAAAAUUAGGAUGAAAGAAAUGGAAAUAGAUGCAUUGAAACACACGGUUAGAUAAGAAGGAUAUGAUUGUAAAACUAUGAAUGUUUUGAAUGAACAAUUCAAGAACCAAGAGACUGAGUAAUGAAGAGUUGAUGUGUUAUCUGAGUCAACCAAUAUUCAACAAUUGAUCAUGUCAAGUAUUGAAAACAAGAGAUCUCGAACACUGCAUAUAAUUCUCAUCUUAACUGAAUAUUUCCACUAGAGACAGGUCUAGUCGACUGUGUUAUAUCAUGGAAUAUUAAUGUCUUUAAUUUUUCUUUUUUUUAUUUGUGUUUAAAAUAUCUAGCAUACAUAAACCAAAAUCUAUAAGCUGAUCUCAAUAAAGCCUAUACGUUCCACUGACCGACAUUUGCUGUCGAAGGACUGAGUGAUUAUAAGGUUAUUGUAGCCAAAUAUUGGCGUGUCUGUCGAAGUCAUAUAUCAUUAUGAGUUAUUGUGUGUUUUCAUUGUAAACGUUUCUUCUCGCAUACUAACAUUAUGAUAAUAAUUGUACUAUGAUGUUUAUGUACCUUGCCUGACAAGGUUUGUAAAAAUAUAUAUUGUCUAUAUAA